UCUACAUGCAGGUUUUGACCGACUUUGGUUUUCAUGACAAUGGAAUUUUUCCUCCCCAGGAUGGAAAGUAAGAACCUCUUCCUAAGCCUAUUGCUCUGCUACAGUUUGCUCAGAGCUGCCAAUGCUUAUAUGGUAAUUGAAGAGAAGAUAGAAUGCAACGUGUCAAGGAGCAACAAAAUGAAUCUCCAAGACCUCCCACCCAUCUCGAUAGUAGAUUUAACCAGAAGAUCCCAGAAAGUCAAUUUAGAGGACAAGAAAUCUUCCAAGAAAAAAGCUGAACUGAAGAUAUCUCCAAAACCAAGGCCCAUACCAGCUGCUGACUGUGUGCCAAACUUCAAAACCUGCAAACCACACUUGAAUUCAUGUUGUAACUACUGUGCUGUGUGCAAAUGUCACAUUUUUCAGACCAUCUGCCGAUGUCUAAUUUUAAACCCAAAGUGCUAAGCCAAACUGGGAAC